AUGAAUGACAAACCUGCAACUGGUCGCGGCAAGUUCUUUGGCAAAACUGUCGUCAUCACCGGAGCUUCACGAGGUAUCGGAAAGGAAAUAGCCCUGAAACUUGCUCAGGAUGGCGCUAAUAUUGUAGUCGCUGCAAAAACAACCACUGCUCAUCCCAAGUUACCAGGAACAAUUUACACAGCAGCUGAAGAAAUCGAGAAGGUAGGUGUUAGAACUAAUUUCUAUAAAACUUCAAAUUUGUAG